AAUAUAAACACAUUUUUCCAUUGUAUAUUUUGGGCUUGAGCCUUAAAAUUUUUGAGAAUUCUACAAUACUUUUAGGAUGCCAUACUAAUGAGUAUCAAUUUAUUUUAGAAUGUCAUGCUAUGAGUAUCAAUUCACCGUUGAAUGUAUAAAAAGAGAUACAAAUUCUUAAAAUCAUUUAUAAACUCUUAUGGUAUAAGAGUUUAUAAGAUUAGAAUCAUGGGUAUAUGGUACCAAGGAUGGCAGAAUUUCCCUAAAAAAUUCAUAUAGCUUGGAUUAGGCUUCGACCUCCUUUGAAGGGAAAAAAAAAAAAAAAAAAAGGGCUUCGACCCAUAUAAAACAGCAGUUCGACCCACCACUCGAGUCAACUCCUACACCCUCUAUUUGACCAUUUUGAAUACCCGCCCCGGCGCCAACUCAGUCUCCGACUCUGAGCGUCCAUCAAAUUUUCCAAUUAGUGCAGUGUUGUAAUUUUUUCUCCGUGUGUUCGUUCUCGUGGAAUCAAUCGAUAGAGUGCAAGCAUAAAGUAUCUCUAAUUCCGGUUUAUCUGUUUCCAUUACCAUUAGAUAUCAGAUCAUGAAUUCGGCGGAUGGGAACAAAGUAUGGGAAAUUAGAGUUAUGAAGACAAAGCCUAAACAAGAAGAAGCCAGGAAAUUUCUACAAAAGAUCGCAGCGCAAGUUCAACCAAUUAUGCAAAAACAUAACUGGAAGGUCAAGCUCCUCUCCGAAUUCUGUCAACAAAACCUUCUGGGGUUGAACAUAGGAGGAGGCCAGCAUGUAAAGUUGAGGCUUAGGAGUUAUUACAGUGAUGAGGAGUUUUUCCCUUAUGAUGAAGUUCUUGAUACAAUGCUUCACGAGCUCUGCCACAAUGUUCAUGGCCCUCACGAUGCUGGCUUCUACAGGCUCUGGGAUGAACUUAGGAGGGAAUGCGAGGACCUUAUCAGAAAGGGGAUAAGUGGGACAGGAAGGCCGUUGGGAGGUAUCAAACCUCAACCCCCUCUUUCAUUUCUCCGCCAGACUGUUUUGGCUGCUGCAGAAACGAGAGUGCAUCCCUUACUGCCAUCUGGACCCAAACGCAUAGGUGGUGACAGUUCUAUGAUGGCGGCACUUACUCCUACGCAAGCAGCUGCAAUGGCUGCAGAGAGGAGAUAUAGAGAUAAUAUCUGGUGUGGCUCUGAAUCUUAUGAUGCAUCUGAAAAUGCAGAAGAAAACAACAAUCAAUAUUCCUUGAAUAUAGUGCACAGUUCAAAAAAUCCAAGGGAUUUUGGUAGUUUUGAUGGUCAGAUUUUGAAUGUGAUAUCUCGGAAAAGAAGGCGUGGAUUAAAUGAUGCUGAUUUUGAGUCAAGUAGAGAGGAUUUAUCGAGCAAGACUGCUCCUAGAUCUGUUUGUGGAAGCAAUCCAACUAGGGGUUCCAUGUGGGAGUGUGGGACGUGUACCUUGUUGAAUCCUCAAACAGCGCUGAUGUGUGAGCUUUGCAGCUCCGGAAAACCCAAAGACGUUGAUGGAAAACGGAAGUUCUGGUCAUGCAAAUUCUGUACUCUGGAUAAUGUUGUAAAGAUGGAAAGAUGUGAAGCAUGUGGAGAGUGGAGAUAGUCUCGUGUGCCCCCCUGUGGCUAAGCUAGCACAAAGUCCUUGAACUGGAGCAGCUGAAAUUCUAUGUUUGUGGAGGCCAUUUUCUUGGUAACAUCUGUUGGAUUAGUAGUUGAAAGGCGAUUUGGAAAGCAGUCAGGCAUCACAAGAGAAACUGAUUGAUGAAGCAUUUGGAUGAAAUUAUGUAAAUGGCACGUUGUACAUUUAUCUGGUGCUAUGCUAAGAUGAUUUUCUUUCUUGCUGAUAGCAUGCUGCUAUUGGAAGCACAUGAAAAUGGAAUAGCACUUGCAGCCGAA